CCUCUCACUGCAUACUGACCACCAUCAUGGCGCCGAGGAAGGGCAAGGAGACACUUAUCGAGCUCUGCACUCAAGCGACCCAUGUCGGAAACAGUAUCUCGGUGCGCAUGCUCGAGUACCUGGGGACUGUCAAGCACCAACCCCAUGGCUUCAGAGAACUCGCCUGCGACUUCCUGGACAUCUCUCGCAUUCUUUGGUCCAUCGAAGCAGGCCUGACAGAAGCAGCGCGCUCCCACACCAAGUUCCCCCAGGACAUGAAUCAAGAGCUCGACAAGAAGUUCCGCCAGACCAACGAUGACUUCAUCGUUCUCAAUCAGAUGCUCUCAAAGUAUCUGGAGUACGAGAAGAAAGGACGUCUGGGCAGAUUCCAGAGAGGCUGGCACAAUAUGUUCUCCGACGACGAGAUCCAUAAGAUCCGUGAGUCGCUGGGCAGGAGCCGGGACGCCUUGAGAAUGAGCGCCCUCGUCUUCAGAUGGUCACUGGGAGAUGCAAAAGCCGAUGCCUCUGUCGGGAUCGGUUAUACGGGUCUGGCAGCUGUUCUCGAGCGCAUAAACCCUGGUAGGGCGUCAGCAGUAACAUCCCCAGCAUCAGUCCAACAACCCAUCCAAUCUGCGUCAGCACCAGCUUCAGAAGUUCCUGACCGCCUGCCACCGCUACCACCCAUCUCGACCGUCAGUGAGAAGCAUGCAAAUUACUCGCUCUUCCCACGUCUCGACGAAGAGCUCAACGCAUUGACCGGCCACCCGAUUGAGCCGCAUAAUGGUUCCGUCGACCAUCGCAAUGGUGAUGCACACAGCAUCCACCGUGUUGGCGAUUCAAACAGCAUCAAGGCUCUUCCUAGCAUCCGGUCUAGCAAGUACACCGCCACCUCAACUGCAAGAGAUCUUGGGCUGCAUUCAAGUACGGAAACCGCAGCGACCGACGUCACCCUUGAAGACCACCUCUCCGUCAAGACCGCCGACUCCUUCACCCAGAUCGAGGACAUGAUCUCGGAAAUCGAGUUCAACGACAAGCAAUCGCAGAAAGUCGUCCGCAUCAAGGCCGAUCCCGCCACAGUUCCGCGAUGGACGCCCAAGCAGAACACCGGCGCCACCUCCGCCGCUCUGAAGACGGCUCUGAUCAGUGCCAUCCAGCAGCGAAAGCACAAGAUGAUCGAACAAUUGCUCGACUGCGGUGUUCCCCCGGACAGCGGGACGGAGGUGAACGUUCUACGCGAAGCUGUCCUCAAUCGCGAUGCCGAAAGCGUUCGCCUUCUCUUGCUCUUCGGGGCCAAUCCCAACAGCCUUGACAAAUCCGGCUCUACAGCGCUCCUGGCAGCGAUCGAAGUCACGUUCCUCGAAGGCACGAAGCUCCUGAUGAAGUACGGCGCCGACGCCAACUUACCGGCCGGCCCCAACAACGAGAGCGCCCUUGCAACUGCCGUCAGCGAGAUGAAGGUCGACCUGGUGCAACUGUUGCUCACUUACGGAGGAAACGCCAACAUAACCACCUCCGAUGGCAACACCCUCCUCGACAUUGCCGUCACAAAGACCUCGCCCAAGAGACUGGUCGAGCUCCUGCUAAACUACGGCUCCGACCCCAACGGCAAGAGCAACCGAGGAGAAACACCACUCUUUGUCGCCAUCCAAGCCGGCAGAAUCGACAUCAUGCAGCUCCUCUUCGAACACGGCGCAGACCCCAACCUCCCCGGCCCCAAACACCCCCUGUGGCCUGCCACGUACCAGCCCAAGGCACUCCAAGUCCUCCUUGCGCGCGGCGCCAACUUCAAGAAAUGCCCCGGCAUUCUCGAACUCGCCACCUCGCUCAACAACAUCGAGUCCGUGACGACGCUGAUCAAAGCCGGCGUCGACAUCAACGCCAAAAAGGACGGCACAUACACGCCUCUCUGCUCCGCGAUCCGCGACAACCGCACCGAGCUCGUGUCACUCCUGCUCGCGUCGGGCGCCGACCCCAACGAACCGGCAUCCGAGUAUCCCGCAUUCAAAUGCGUCACGCACCACCGCACGCAUCUGCUCCCUCAAAUCGUCGCCGCGGGCUCGGACCUGCACAACCCCAAGGGCAUCAUCGAAGCCGCCGUCGCUCACAACAACAGGGACGCCCUGGUGUACCUGCUCGAGCAGGCCGUCAACCCGAACGACCGCUCGCCCGAAGGCCACACGGCGCUCACCACCGCGAUCCGCGACAACCGCGUCGAAUACGUCGAUCUGCUACUCGCCAACGGCGCCGACCCGGCCAUCCGCGGCCAAGACUGGCCCAUCUGCAUGGCCGUCAAGCAGCCCGCCAUCCUGAAGAAGCUGCUGCCCAAGGUGCACAACACGCGCGCCGUCAAGGGCGUCAUGGAAAUGGCCGUCGUGGCCAACGAGCUCGAGAGCAUCAAGCUGCUUCUCGCCGCCGGCGUCAGCGUCGAGGACAAGAACGGCGGCGUCUUCAGCCCUCUCACCACCGCCAUCCGCGAGGGCCGCAAGGAGAUCGUCAGGUACCUCCUCGACGAGGCCGGCGCCGACGUCAACGCCCCCGGUGAGCAUUUGCCCAUCAUCAAGGCCAUUCGCCGGUUUAGGGGUGACACCGAGAUCAUUGAGAUGCUGCUCGCCCGUGGCGCGGAUAUCAAUCUGAUGUACCGCGGCUGGAACGCCGUCUUGCAGGCCGUCGAGAACGGCGACGCGACUUUGUUGAAACUGCUCGUCGAUCGAGGCAGUCCCGUCGACCUUGACGCCCGCGAUGAGUCCGGCAGGACAGUCAUGGAGAUCGUCGAGGAUCGCGGCUGGGAUGAGGCCGUGACCAUCCUGCUCGGUGACGCUGCUCACAAGAAGUACUAG